AUGGCGACGGUGAAUAAGGAUCAAAAGGCAAAGCCCAGUGCCCUUCGCUCCAUUCUUGCGGGUUCCACUGCCGGAGCCGUGGAGAUCGCGAUCACAUACCCGGCCGAAUUUGCGAAGACCCGGACUCAACUCAAUCGCCAACUUACCCAUGGCCAAAAGCUACCAUGGCCACCGUUCGGGAGCCAGUGGUAUGCAGGAUGUACAACACUGAUUAUCGGAAACUCGCUGAAGGCUGGAAUUCGAUUUGUCGCAUUCGAUGCCAUUAAAUCGGUUCUCCAGGAUGAGAACGGCAAGAUCUCGGGACCAAGGACGGUCGUUGCUGGGUUCGGUGCUGGAUUCACCGAGUCUCUUUUCGCCGUCACCCCCUUUGAAAGCAUCAAGACCCAAUUGAUCGACGAUCGGAAGUCUGCCAACCCUCGGAUGCGUGGCUUCUUGCACGGUAGCAAGCUUAUUUUUAAGGAAAGAGGUGUUAAGGGCUUCUUCCAAGGCUUUGUGCCCACUACGGCAAGACAGGCUGCCAACUCGGCGACCCGAUUCACAGCCUACACAACAUUGAAGCAGUUUGCAGAGGGCUACACGGCGCCAGGCGAAAAGUUGGGCACUGCGGCUACCUUUGGAAUUGGUGGAAUCGCAGGUCUCAUCACUGUUUAUGUGACCCAACCUUUAGACACGGUCAAGACAAGAAUGCAAUCACUCGAGGCCAGCAAGCAUUACAAGAACAGCAUCAUUUGCGCAACAAGAAUUGUCAAGGAUGAAGGUGUCUUCACUUUGUGGUCUGGCGCCAUGCCACGACUUGCGAGAUUGAUUAUGAGUGGAGGAAUUGUGUUCACCAUGUAUGAAAAGGCUAUGGAUGGACUGGACCUGUUGGAUCCGGAGCGAAAGUAUUUGUAG